CAACCCAUUUGUCUGCCUGGCCACCUCCUCCCACCCCGGGAACGGCCGCGCUUGGGUGCACGGAGCUCUCCCCGGCGGGAUGAAAAGUCUCCGGAUAAAAAAUUAGCCGCAGGUCGCAGCAUUCCUUCCUCCUGGCCAAACUCGCCUCGCCGCCACCGAGGAGCUGAGCUGCGAUGCCUGGCCGGUGAUGCAAGGCUCGAUUUUUCCAGCACGGUUUUCCCUCGGGCUCCAGGCGCUCCCGCCGGUGCAGCUCCGGGUGCUUCGGGUGUGGAGCUCCGCCAGCCUCCACCCGCUCGGGAUCCGGCCCUGGAAGCUCUGGAGUUGCAGGCACAGUUGGAGCGGGGCUUUCUUGGUGUCCCAUCUGUGCCCCCCUCUCCCGCCUCCGCCGACCCCCAGCUCCUCGCCCGGAGGAAGGGUGCGCGUUCCGUGCAUCUCCCAUCCACCGAAAUCUAUGAUCAGCUCGGUGUGUGUCUCCUCCUACCGUGGACGCAAGUCUGGGAACAAACCACCCUCCAAAACAUGCCUGAAGGAAGAGAUGGGCAAAGGGGAAGAGUCGGACAAGAUCACCAUCAACGUGGGGGGCACCCGGCAUGAGACCUACAAGAGCACCCUGCGGACUUUGCCGGGCACCCGCCUGGCCUGGCUCGCCGACCCCGACGCCCAGAGCAACUUUGACUUUGACGGGAAGAGCAACGAGUUCUUUUUCGACCGCCACCCCGGGAUCUUCUCCUACGUGCUCAACUACUACCGCACGGGGAAGCUGCACUGCCCCGCGGACAUCUGCGGGCCCCUCUUCGAGGAGGAGCUCACCUACUGGGGCAUUGACGAGACCGACGUGGAGCCCUGCUGCUGGAUGACCUACCGGCAGCACCGCGACGCCGAGGAGGCCCUGGACAUCUUCGAGAGCCCCGAGCCCGGCGGAGGGGCCGGUGGAGAGGAGCCCGAAGAGGAAGGGGGUAGGGAGAUGGCCUUGCAGCGCCUGGGCAUGGAUGACAGGCCCCCCGGGGCGGCGGGGGCUGCUGGAGGGGGUGGCUGCUGUCGGAACUGGCAGCCCAAGAUGUGGGCGCUCUUUGAGGAUCCCUACUCGUCCAAGGCGGCCAGGGUCGUCGCUUUUGCCUCGCUCUUCUUCAUCCUGGUCUCCAUCACGACCUUCUGCCUGGAGACACACGAGGCCUUCAACAUCGACGUCAACGUGACGGAGACCCUCGUGGUGGGCAACACCACGACGGUGCUGCUGACGCACAAGGUGGAGACGGAGCCCAUCCUCACCUACAUCGAGGGCGUCUGCGUCCUGUGGUUCACCCUCGAGUUCCUGGUCCGCAUCAUCUGCUGCCCAGAUAAGCUUCUCUUCGUCAAAAACCUGCUCAACAUCAUUGACUUCGUGGCCAUCCUGCCCUUCUACCUGGAGGUGGGUCUCAGUGGCCUGUCCUCCAAAGCCGCCCGGGAUGUGCUGGGCUUCCUGCGGGUGGUUCGCUUCGUCCGGAUCCUCCGGAUCUUCAAGCUGACGCGGCACUUUGUGGGUCUCCGGGUGCUGGGCCACACCCUCCGCGCCAGCACCAACGAGUUCCUGCUCCUCAUCAUCUUCCUGGCCUUGGGGGUGUUGAUUUUCGCCACCAUGAUCUACUACGCCGAGCGCAUCGGGGCCAAGACGUCCGACCCCACCGGGAGCGACCACACCCACUUUAAGAACAUCCCCAUCGGGUUCUGGUGGGCCGUGGUCACCAUGACGACCCUGGGCUAUGGUGACAUGUACCCCAAGACCUGGUCGGGGAUGGUGGUGGGGGCUCUGUGCGCCCUGGCCGGGGUCCUCACCAUCGCCAUGCCCGUGCCCGUCAUCGUCAAUAACUUUGGGAUGUACUAUUCCUUGGCCAUGGCCAAGCAGAAGCUGCCAAAGAAGAAGAAAAAGCAUAUACCCCGUCCAGCCCCUCUGGACUCCCCCACCUAUGGCAAAUCCGAGGAAAACUCCCCCCGGAACAGCACCCAGAGCGACACCUGCCCGUUGGCAGUCGAGGAGGGGGCGGCUGAGCGGAAACGGUCAGACUCCAAGCAGAACGGGGAGGCCAACGUGGUGCUGUCGGACGAGGAGCAGCCGCUGUCACCGACGGACGAGGGGAAACGGCCCCUGCGCCGCUCCAGCACCCGGGACAGGAACAAGAAAUCCUCCACGUGCUUCCUGCUGGCCACGGGGGACUUCUCCUGUGCGGCUGAUGGAGGCAUCCAGAAAGACUCCUGCCAGGACGCCCUCGCUUCCAGUUACGCCCAGGGCGAGGUGGUCACCUUCUCCUGAGCCCCGGCUGGAUCCAGGGAGUGCCCCGGUGAGGGACACCUUCCCCCAGGGAUGCUCUUCCCAAGGGAUGCUCUUCCCAAGGGAUGCACUUCCCAAGGGAUGCACUUCCCAAGGGAUGCACUUCCCGAGGGAUGCUCUCCCCAGGGGAUGCCUUCUCUUAGGUGGAGGGAUGUGUAUCCUGAGGGAUGCUCUCCCCAAGGUGGAGGGAUGCUCUCCCUGAGGCCAAGAGAUGCUUUCUCCAAGGGAUUCCAUUCCCAAGGCCAAGGGAUGCUUUCCCUGAGGCCAAGGGAUGCUCUUCCCAAGGGAGACGGUCUCCCCAAAGCUGAGGGAAGCUCUUCCCAAGGGACAGGCUCUCCCCAAGGCCAAGGGAUGCUCCCUGCAAACCUGGGACAUGCAUUCCCCCAGGGAUGCUCUCCCCAAAUCCCAGGGAUGCUCUCCCAAGGCUGAGGGAUGCUUUUCCCAGUGGACAUGCUCCUCCCAAGGCCAAAGGAUGCUCUCCCAAGGAGCCUUCCUUCCCCAGGGCUCCAGCUCCGUUCCUGGUGGGGGUUGGCAGCAGGGUCCCCUCAGAGGUGCCACAGGGCAGUGGGGCCAGGAGGGAGGUUUGGGGGUGUCCCCACUCCCCUUCCUGCUGCCAGCCCUGCCACAGCCACACUUCCCAACCCCACACAGCACCCCUGGGCUGCCCCCUGCCCUUGCCCAUGCUUUGGGAUGCACCUUGUCCCUCUGGAGCCUCUCCAGCUGCUCACUGGGGCAUCUCUGCCCGCAGCUCCACCCGUGCCCUGACCCCCUUCAUCAUCCCACAGGCGCUGGGGACCCUUCUCUGGGGUGCCAAAGGCUCCAUUCCAGGUGCCACGGACAGGCCCCAGGGAUGCUGAGCCCGGGAUGCAGAUCCCUGACAGGAUGGGGGGACGAGCG